AUGGCUGGUGGUGGCGGGGAGAUGGAUGGUGGUCGAAAGCUGUUGCUGAAAAACUGCAAGUCUGUGUCCAGUCUGAAGCUGGGGAAGCUAAAGGUGGUGCGGCGGCAGCUGCUGCAGAGGUAUGAGCACCAGCCGUUUGUGUCAUGUCUGGCUGGUCUGUACGGCUGUCAAUGGAGACGCUACCAGAGGGCCAAGUCACAGCCCGGGGAGAGCUGCUGCAGCAGGGUGGAGUGUGGGAGCGUGGUUUUCCUGGUCCUGACCUUCCUCCUCUCCUCUCUGUUCCUCUACUUCUGGAGCCAGGCUCACAAUGAUUACAAUGACUUUGACUGGUUUAAAUUUGAGACUCUGGGAUUCUGGUUCCCCUGGUCUCUGGUGCUGCUGGUUGUUGCUGCUGCUCUGUUCACUUACAUCUCUCUGCUGCUGGUACUAGCAGUGUGUUUACUGUCUGAGGGACAGAGAUUGUACCUUCACUGGAGUCACAAGAUGGGGAUCGUGGUGACCAUGGCGUUCUCUGUCAGUGCCACGGCCGUUCUCUCUGAGGUGUGGAGUAAAGAGUGGAAGACCCUUCUCCUCUCCCUGCAGGUCACAGCCCCCUUUCUUCAGGUAGGCGGGGUUUUAUUGAUGACUCUCCUGUCCUGGCCAAUUGGGCUGCACUGUUUUCGUAUGAACAAGAGAGGGCAUCAAGUGUGUCUGUUGGGUGUGUACAUGAGUGCAUUGUUCAGUCUGUACCUGGUUCCUCUGGCCAUGUAUUCUCCCUGCAUCAGAGAAGCUGGAACCCUGGGGCCAAAACCAACACUCCUCGGACACAGAGGAGCUCCCAUGCUUGCCCCAGAGAAUACUCUAAUGUCUUUUGAGAGUGCAGUGGAGGCUGGAGUGGAUGGGUUUGAGACUGACGUCACUAUAAGUGCUGAUGGCGUUCCGUUUGUGAUGCAUGACCUCACCCUGCAGAGGACCACUAACGUAGAGGAGGUGUUUCCUAACAGAACACACACACCUGCUGCCCUGUUCACCUGGUCUGAUGUACAGCAGCUCAACGCUGGGGCCUGGUUCCUCUCUUGGGAUCCGUUUGGUACGGUGUGCUCUCUGUCACCAGAGCAGCGAGAGCUAGCUGCCAAUCAGAUGGUUCCCUCCCUGGAUGAAGUUCUGGACGUAGCGAAUCGGGCGGGCAGGACAGUGCUGUUUGACCUGAGACAACCUCCUCCUGGACACCCUUACAGAGACAACUACCUCAACAUCACCCUGGACCUCAUACACACACACAUCAACUCCAGCCAGGUGCUGUGGCUGCCAUCAGAUCAGAGAGGGGAGAUACAGCAGGUGGAUCCAGAGCUGCAACAGACAGCCGGACAGACUGCCACUACUCAGGAACUACAGGACAACCACAUCACUACCCUCAACCUGCAUUACAGCACCAUGUCUCUACAACACAUCAGUAAGUACAGGUCGGUGAACAUCAGUGUGAACCUGUAUGUAGUGAACCAGCCGUGGCUCUACUCUCUGGCCUGGUGCAGUGGAGCAUCCUCUGUUACCACCAACAACAUGCUGCUGAGAGAUAUACACACACCGCUGCUCCUUGUGACUCCAGAGCAGUAUAGUGUGAUAUGGAUUCUGACUGACCUGGUCUCUGCUGUUCUUAUCGUCUGUGUCUUCAUUUUCCACUGGUGGCGUGAGCGAGGCCUACAAUUCUGGUCAGGCAGUCGACAGACACACGAGACCGGGCCUUAUAGCAAGUUCAGGACCGAUCCUGUGGAGUCAGGGUGGGGUCGAUGGAAUCCCUUCCACUCAGAGUCUCCUACUAGAGCCCUCAUCUCUCUCCCUCUGGACCUCAACCCAUGAACUCAACUCAUGAACCAAUGAACCUCCCAUGAACCAUUCCCAAACCCCAAAUCUUUGGACUUCAACCCACACAUGAACCCUGCACCAACCCUUCACCUGAACUCCAACUACCACACCCCUGACCUCUAACCCUUAACCUUUGCCCAGCAGAGCUCAGCGACGUCUGGUCCAUCUCCAGUGGGAAUGUCCGAACGGAACUACGGACCCCCAGUACCCUCCACACAAUCACAGAGGAGUAACACACAUGCACACAGACACUCACCCAGUCACGCACACACAAAGUGUGACCGCACAAGAAUGAGCAUAGGGAAAUGGGAAGGAAAACAAGAGAAGAGGAUGAACUGAAUGUGUAAAAAGAGAAAGAGGCUAAUGUAAUGUGAAAGAUAAGCCAGUAUUUUGAUAAUCCUGAUUAAGACUGUUGUUCCUUUGUCCUCACUUGACCAGCUCAUUCACACCCCCUCUGGUGACCACUGGAACUGCAGAACUGAAUUGCUGAAAUAUGAAAUAUACACUGAACAAAAAAUAUAAACGCAACAUGUAAAGUGUUAGUCCCAUAUUUCAUGAGCUGAAAUACAAAAUCCCUGAAAUGUUCUAUAUGCACAAAAAGCUUAUUUCAUCCCUGUUAGUGAGCAUUUCCUCACUUACCAAGAUCAUCCAUCCACCUGACAGGUGUGGCAUAUCAAGAAGCUGAUUUAACAGCUUCUUGAGGUGCACCUUGUGCUGCGGACAAUAAAAGGCCACUUUAAAAUGUGCAGUUUUGUCACACAACACAAUGCCACAUACAGUGCCUUGCGAAAGUAUUCGGCCCCCUUGAUCUUUGCGACCUUUUGCCACAUUUCAGGCUUCAAACAUAAAGAUAUAAAACUGUAUUUUUUUGUGAAGAAUCAACAACAAGUGGGACACAAUCAUGAAGUGGAAUGACAUUUAUUGGAUAUUUCAAACUUUUUUAACAAAUCAAAAACUGAAAAAUUGGGCGUGCAAAAUUAUUCAGCCCCUUUACUUUCAGUGCAGCAAACUCUCUCCAGAAGUUCAGUGAGGAUCUCUGAAUGAUCCAAUGUUGACCUAAAUGACUAAUGAUGAUAAAUACAAUCCACCUGUGUGUAAUCAAGUCUCCGUAUAAAUGCACCUGCACUGUGAUAGUCUCAGAGGUCCGUUAAAAGCGCAGAGAGCAUCAUGAAGAACAAGGAACACACCAGGCAGGUCCGAGAUACUGUUGUGAAGAAGUUUAAAGCCGGAUUUGAAUACAAAAAGAUUUCCCAAGCUUUAAACAUCCCAAGGAGCACUGUGCAAGCGAUAAUAUUGAAAUGGAAGGAGUAUCAGACCACUGCAAAUCUACCAAGACCUGGCCGUCCCUCUAAACUUUCAGCUCAUACAAGGAGAAGACUGAUCAGAGAUGCAGCCAAGAGGCCCAUGAUCACUCUGGAUGAACUGCAGAGAUCUACAGCUGAGGUGGGAGACUCUGUCCAUAGGACAACAAUCAGUCGUAUAUUGGUCAAAUCUGGCCUUUAUGGAAGAGUGGCAAGAAGAAAGCCAUUUCUUAAAGAUAUCCAUAAAAAGUGUUGUUUAAAGUUUGCCACAAGCCACCUGGGAGACACACCAAACAUGUGGAAGAAGGUGCUCUGGUCAGAUGAAACCAAAAUGGAACUUUUUGGCAACAAUGCAAAACGUUAUGUUUGGCGUAAAAGCAACACCCUGAACACACCAUCCCCACUGUCAAACAUGGUGGUGGCAGCAUCAUGGUUUGGGCCUGCUUUUCUUCAGCAGGGACAGGGAAGAUGGUUAAAAUGUAUGGGAAGAUGGAUGGAGCCAAAUACAGGACCAUUCUGGAAGAAAACCCGAUGGAGUCUGCAAAAGACCUGAGACUGGGACGGAGAUUUGUCUUCCAACAAGACAAUGAUCCAAAACAUAAAGCAAAAUCUACAAUGGAAUGGUUCAAAAAUAAACAUAUCCAGGUGUUAGAAUGGCCAAGUCAAAGUCCAGACCUGAAUCCAAUCGAGAAUCUGUGGAAAGAACUGAAAACUGCUAUUCACAAAUGCUCUCCAUCCAACCUCACUGAGCUCGAGCUGUUUUGCAAGGAGGAAUGGGAAAAAAAUUCAGUCUCUCGAUGUGCAAAAAUGAUAGAGACAUACCCCAAGCGACUUACAGCUGUAAUCGCAGCUAAAGGUGGCGCUACAAAGUAUUAACUUAAGGGGGCUGAAUAAUUUUGCACGCCCAAUUUUUCAGGUUUUGAUUUGUUAAGAAAAUUUGAAAUAUCCGAUAAAUGUCGUUCCACUUCAUGAUUGUGUCCCACUUGUUGUUGAUUCUUCACAAAAAAAUACAGUUUUAUAUCUUUAUGUUUGAAGCCUGAAAUGUGGCAAAAGGUCGCAAAGUUCAAGGGGGCCGAAUACUUUCGCAAGGCACUGUAUGUCUCAAGUGUUGAGGGAGCGUGCAAUUGGCAUGCUGACUGCAGGAAUGUUCACCAGAAAAUUGAAUGUACAUUUGUCUACCAUAAACGCACGUGGUCUGCGGCCUCACAACCACAGACCACAUGAAACCACGUCAGCCCAGGAUCUCCACAUCUGGCUUCUUCACCGGCGAGAUCAUCUGAGAUGGGAUUGGAGUGAGGGGUGGUGAGGAGUAUUUGUCUGUAAUAACUCAUUCUGAUUGACUGGGCCUGGCUACCAAGUGGGUGGGCCUAUGCCAUCGAAGGCCCACCCAUGGUUGCACCCCUGCACAGUCAUAUGAAAUCCAUAAAUUAGGCCCAAAUUCAUUUAUUUCACUUAAAUGAUUUCCUUAUAUGAACUGUAACUCAGUAAAAUCUUUGAAAUUGUUGCAUGUUGCGUUUAUAUUUCUGUUCAGUACGUUGUUUUUAUUCUCAUAACUGUUAAGACAUCAGCUGCAUUAGAGGAAUGUAUUAAAUAGGGUCUAUAUUUUCUGUGUGAGUGAGUGGAUGCAGGUGAAUACUGACUGUACUGUGGUUUUAGUUUGAUAAGGUUUUAAUGAUCAGGAGUUGCUAUGUAUAUUUGAAUGUAUGACCAAGCAAUAGCCUAGGGUUUUAGCAUGGCAGUGAAUACAGCAUCUGCUUCUGCUAACACAUAUAUCUAUCUAUCAUGAGAUCUACUCCUAAAUCUUAAUCGUUUAUUUUGAGGUUGUAGAAGCUGUGUAUGACUUUCAGGUGUUGUGUGGAAAGUUGCUGGUUUCAGGUGUUAGUCUGUGGGUUGGUAAUGGCUCUGUGGACAAUGUUGAGCAGGAGACAGGAGAUCUACGUGCCAUAGGAGACACAAUGUCCACAGGCCAGGUUGGUUAGUAAUGGCUCUGUGGACAAUGUUGAGCAGGAGACAGGAGAUCUACGUGCCAUAGGAGACACAAUGUACACAAGCCACUGGCCAGCCAUACAGAGGAGAAGAGAGAGAUUUUAUGGGCUUCUACAAAACUUUUGUUAUUAUCUGAAGCAUUCUAGAACUAUCCCAGGGCAUUCUAGAACUGUCCCAAUACAUUCUCACAAGCCAUUCUAAAACUCUCCAUGACAGAAAAUACAUGUUGACAAUCUGUAUGUUCACAGUAAGCCAACUAACAACAGAGCAGUUGAUAUCCUGAUGACCAGAGAGUAAAAUAAUGAUCUUCUGCCAUUGGUGGAAUUGCACUCCGCCUUGCUUGCAUUAGAGACCGCUAGGCUAUACAAAUAACAUGCUAUCAGGAAUCGAAACCUAUAUUUGGUCCCAACAAUGAUUCAAAGGUAUCAAACACUCCGAAUGUAAUUGUUGUUAAAUAGCAAAAGGGUACAUAGUAUUUCUGGUUGUUUUCUGUAUAACAGGACGACCGUUUUGUUUUAAUGUAUAUGAGCCUUCUCUAUGUUAUGUUACUAUUUUCUGACUGUAAAUGGUAUUACCUGAUAUUAAACAUCUUUAAAGGAU